AUGUACCGUACCAGGGGCUCACAGGUGGUGUGCUCGAGGCUUUUGGCUUGGAUUUGCUUGUGCUUGUGUGUAUUCUGCCCGUUUGACCGUUUUGACCGUCUGCCAUCCGCCAUCCGCCAUCUGCCAUUCACCUUCCAUCUACCGUCCUCUUCCACUCUUAUCCGUCCUUUCGUCAAACUGCUCGUCUAUUCUCGCCGCUGUGCUCUGCGCUCUCACUCUCACUCUCACUCUCAAUCUGACCCUGCUUGCCGCAGCCAGCUCAUUCAGCUCCACUUUGACCACAACCACACACAACCACACCACCUUACGACGGUGCACCCGUUUUACCCUCACUUACUACUGCCACUUACUACUGCCACCUACGACUACCACCUCUCUUCAACCCUCCUCUCCUCUACUGGCCUCUCUUCGACCACCUGCCUCGACCACCUGCCUCGACCAACGCCCUCGAUACACCCACUUGCGCACCCCAACUCCACCCCACACUCAGCGCUGCUGCUUGGGAAAUCGCCACGCGCUACAAGCUCCCUUGUCAAGCAACGCCAAGCAGCAGCCACCACGCCUUCUUCUACGAACCACGAUCCUCAACGGCAGCACUUGCUCAACCACUACUAUUCUCUCCUAUCUGGUCGCUUAGCCCAUACCGGCUUCUACCUCGCUGACAACCUCGACCAUUUCCUCCCAUCUCUGCCACAACUUUCGACCAUUCUGUCACCACGUCGCCUCACCAGAACUCGUCGACCACUACUGCCGCUCGACACAGACGUCGACAUUUUCGGCACCGAUAUCCUCAACGGGCUGCCCACAAAGCCCUAUUUCUUGCCGCCCACCACCCUGUCGAGACAUGGACAAAUGAUCAGUGACGGUGCCCCCAGUGCCCCUGCGCAUGGCUUAGGCUCGACCGCGAUGCCUUCCCGACGCUCCAGCUACCCGCUCUCGGCUGCCACCGACGCCGCAGCUCGCGUCAUGGCAAUCAAUGCGCGUGAUGCCCGCCACCCCAUUGCAUCCAACGACUCGCCCGAUCUGGCAGACACCGCCGCCAUUGCCGACACGGACGGCGCCUUUGACGGCGACGUCGCACUCGACGGCCCUCCCUCGACCGUCGCCCUCUCUCCACCACAGCUCCAGCUUAACGAAUACAGGGAAAAGUUGGCUCGCGAUCUCGAACGCCGGGAGCUCCAUGCUAGAGGCCUGUUGCACUCUCCUCCGGUCCUCGACAAGAUCCGUGUCGUCUCUAUUCAAGAAGAAUCGACGCCCUCCCCGCCCUGGAUUUCCUCCAGUCUCAACACGUCAUCUACUGAAUCCGGAAACACGGUUCGCGGCGCUCCGACACCCGCCAUUGUCGCCCGUACGCCUUCUUACCCAUUUCCCCGGAUGGCUUCUACUCCAGGUGCUUUCGGGCCCGGCAAUUUCUUUGCCAACAUGUCCAACCACGCCUCUCGCGUCAACUUUGCCAUUCCUACGCACGAACCCAGAGGCGUUCCAGAGCGCGUCCUCUCCGAAGCCUCAACUCCUGCAUCCGCCUUUUCUUUUAACCCAGCUGACACACCGGUGGCUGAAAGCUAUGACUAUCCCACUCCCGAUCUUUACAAUCUCUCCUUGCUGCUUUCUUCUGAGCCGGGUUUGGACGCGUGGUGGAACACCGUUAUCCAGAUUAUGAGAGACGUCUUUCAAGCCGAGCGCGUAACCUUGUCUGUACCUGCUGACGCUGCAGAUUUGGAAAACGUCCCUUGGGGUCAAAAGGCUACUUUUAAUGAACGUCAGGAGGACCAGCUUAGUGUUGGCUACAUAGCCAAGGGCAGCAGCGCCGUUCAGAGCAGCGAUGCUGAUGCUACAGAUGCCCUGCCUUCGCUAUUAGAUCUCAUAUCUCCCACCGAAGGGCCUCCUCGCCCUGACCUCACCAGUCGCCAUUCUUUCACCAGCUACGAAGAGAAAAAGGACUCCGUUCCACUAACACCGCGUCGACCCAAUCACUUGUCGCGUAGUAUAACGUCGGCUCCGUUUCCCUCCAAAGUUUCGCGCCCUGGCACUCGUCUCGACAAAUCUAAACUCGAGGAGCACGAUGCGCAAGUCCGAGAAGAUCCCGUCAUUCCCAGCUGGGAGAUUCCCUUUCUGGCACGCUAUGAAGGCCAAGGCAAGGUCCACUCUGUUCUCCAAGCUCUCGAUUUCGAGGCCGAUCCUCUCAUUGACCACGCUGGCGUUGUCCGAGUUCUGGAACGAGGAGGUCCUGUCACCCUGACACGCUCGUAUCCCUAUCUCACUCCAGAGAACCAGCAAGACGAUGCCUCCAAAAUGGCUGCCGCCGACCUCAAGAAGGCCAGGAUACACUCAUCGGAAUCCUUGCCCUCGCUAUCCUCUAUGUUACCUACCGCUCCAGCCAAAUCCAGGGGCAAACCGUCUGGCAUAGAUGGCAUCAUCCACAACGAGGGAUUUGCUGACUCGCAUACUCCCAGAUAUGAAGAAUAUGAACAGAUUGCCAUGUCGCCGUGGGCACAGUCUCCUGCUCCUUCCCCAGCCGCUCGCUCCGACACUGCCGAGAAUCCCUUCUUUGCCGAGGCCACCGUUGACGAAGGCUCUUUUGACCCAGCUACCGGCGCUGGCGAUUAUAGCGACACACGCCCACCUCAAGCCAUUGGCUUAGACAAUUCAUGGACCGUCAUUCAUAUUCCGCUCACCCAUGUCUUGCAGUCAAGGCAAGCCCGACCAUUCAAGCUCGACGCGAGCAGCAUGGAGCAGAGACUCCAAGGCCAAAAGCCCGAAAGUCCUCCCUCUCGCGCCACGGAUUGCAAAAGAAACAAGCCAGCACCCAUAGCUAUUCUCUCAAUACUGAGCACUGUCGCGCCUUAUCCACCCAAUUUGCGCAAGGCCUUAGAGCACCUGUCGCCCCAUAUGGCUACAUCAUUCUCUCUAGCGCGCCACUACACAAAUCUCGAGACAGAACUCGCAGGCAUUCAGAGACGCCGUCCUCCAACUACAGGUUUCGGUGCCGUUGCACCCUAUGGGCGAUCCUACGAGAGCACCGCUGCGCUAGCUGCAGCCGACAUUGUACAAUUACGAUCAUCGGCUGGAAGCAUAACCAGCCCCAGCGACUACUCUGGAGUCUCGAAAAGCGCUGCUGGCUCUCCGCUCGGCACACCGGGCUGGAAACGGCAGCCUUUCCCCAGUCCAGCAGCUCAGUCAGGCAGCGACAGCUACUUUAACAGCAAGUCGACGGUAGCCACUGGCCGGCAAGAAGCCACCACACCAGGGCUGCAAAGAUCCAAACCUUUCCCCAUGGAGGUUUCUCCAAGUGACAAGAGAUCCUCGCGGCUAACAAAUAGCAGCAUCUUGUAUGAUGCCAUGGAUGAGCCCGAAAUGUCCCUCGAUGGGCCCGAGGAGGGCGGCGCUGCAAUGCCACAUGAGAAGUCCCGCUCAAUCAGCAGCAAUGAGCCAAUGUUUGAAAUUGGCGAGGCACCGUCCUCGAGCCUUGAAGAGAAGACGGAAACCGAGAAACAUGCCUCGCAGCAUCAACAUCAUCGCCACCGCCCACACACCAUGCUUCAUAGCUAUGGUGCCGACUUUGCUUCCACUUUCCAGUCUCUGCCGCCCAGCUCGAGCUUGAUAAGCCGGCCACCGCCUACGCCACUCAUGUCGGGUUCAUCGCGUAGCAUGUCUGUCCUCCCCUCGGCAGCCGGUGACAUGCCGCCGCCGUCCGAUAGAUUGAAGAGCCUCAUUCUAGAUUCUCUGCCAGCGCAUGUCUUUGUCUCCCUGCCGCAAACAGGCGAGAUUGUCUGGGUCAACAGUCGCUACUUGUCAUACCGUGGGCAAACCGUCAACGAUCUUGCGGCUGACCCCUGGAAGAGUCUUCACCAAGAUGACCGUGAUGAAUACCUCAAAGACUGGGGCCACUCUUUGCGAACGGGAGAUCAAUUCUCUCGAACCGUGCGUAUCAAGCGUUUCGAUGGUGCAUACCGCUGGUUCUAUGCCAGGGCCGUUGCGUCAAAGGACAAGAGAGGUGUCAUUAUGCAGUUCCUCGGCUCAUACAUGGAUAUUCAUGAUCAGCAUAUUGCCGAGCUCAAAGCAGCACGUCAAGAAGAGAUUGAAGCCUCCGAGGCCAAACACAGAUUGCUGGCAAAUCUCAUUCCUCAAAUCAUAUUCACAGCCACGGAAGAUGAUGGCGUCACGUUUGCCAAUGAGCAGUGGUUAUCUUAUACAGGUCAGAGCUUCGAGGACGCUCUCGGCCUAGGAUUCAUGGAUUUUGUGCAUCCCGAAGAUUUGGCCAAGUGCCGUAUUCCCAUCACUCGGGCGUCCUCUGAAGCGACCCUCCACUCGCAGAAAGGCACGAGAAGAGGAAGCGAGUCGGGGUCCAGAUCUGUUCGGUUCGGGCACAAAAGUACGGUUACUAGCUCUACCUAUGAAAUGCCAACGGCGGAUCUGGCCGAGCUUGCCAAAAAGGGCAUCGUCAGAAUCGGCACCGACACCAAUGGCAGAGUCUCGUACACGACAGAAUUGCGACUACGAUCCAAGAAUGGUGACUACCGCUGGCAUCUCAUUCGUUGCGUUGAGAUUGACACGAUUGAUUUCGGUCGUGGAGCCAGCUCUUACUUUGGAUCGGCGACGGACAUUAAUGAUCACAAGCUCCUCGAGGCCAAGCUCAAAGAAGCCAUGGAAUCCAAGGGCAGAUUUCUCAGCAACAUGUCCCACGAGAUUCGAACACCACUCAUCGGUAUCUCGGGCAUGGCCAGCUUCUUGCAGGAUACCACGCUAGACGAGGAACAGCGCGAUUACACAACCACCAUACAAACCAGCGCCAAUAGUCUCAUCAUGAUUAUUAAUGACAUUCUCGACUUGUCCAAGGCCGAUGCCGGUAUGAUGAAGCUCAACUUUGAAUGGUUUCGACCACGGUCCAUCAUGGAGGAUGUCAACGAGCUUGUGUCUACCAUGGCCAUUGGCAAGGGCCUAGAGCUCAACUACCUUGUCGAAGCCGACGUACCAUUGUGGAUUAAGGGCGACAAGAUCCGGAUUCGACAGGUUCUGCUCAACGUUGUAGGCAACGCCAUCAAGUUUACCGAUACCGGCGAGGUCUUUAGUCGCUGCAGGAUUCAUGCCGAGGAUGAGCAGAUGGGCACGCACGCAAUUAUACUCGAGUUCUCAAUCACUGACACUGGGCGAGGUUUCUCCAAAAAAGAGGCAGAGUUAAUUUUCAAGCCUUUUAGUCAGAUUGACGGGAGCAGCACGCGACAGCACGGUGGCAGUGGGCUGGGCCUUGUCAUCUCGAGGCAGCUUGUUGAACUGCACGGAGGCAAGCUGGAGGGCUCGGCCGUCCCUGGCCAGGGGUCAACGUUUACGUUUACAGCGCGAUUUGGUCUGCCGACGCCUGAUGAUCAGCCCAACUUUCCUCAGAGCCCCGGCUCAACAAUUUCGACAUUUUCGAGGCAGGAAUCUGACUGUGGACUUAGAGGGUCGCCACAGCUGUCCGCUACGUUGAAACGUCGCAGUACUGACGACACAAGCCCAGGCGAGACUGUGUUGGCAUCGGCUCUGGCCCGCACAGGUAGCCCUCGAACGGGUAGCCCUCGAGCGGGUAGUCCUCGAUCGGGUACGCUUUCGAAGCAGGCGGUGAGUGCAGUUGCUUCCGGUCCGCUUGUUGGGGUUAAUCCUGGUCUCGCUCGCUUCAGCGAGGCUGCCAAGGCCAGUGGCCAUGAUUUGAGCCAAAUGAGAUUAGAAAUUCCGUCUGGGCGCAACUCGCCUGGGCAAGCAGCGACACCCGAUCUUAGUGGACGGCCGCGACCAACUGGCAUUGCACCACCUCCCGUCUACUCGAUUCUAGUUAUUUGUCCGCAACACCACAGCCGCGAAGCAACUGUGCAGCACAUUGAAAUGACAUUGCCCAAGGAUGUGCCACACGAAAUCACUGCCAUUCGCACCAUCGAAGAAGCGCAUGACCUAAUUGGCGGCGACAAUUCCGUCACCUUUAGUCACAUUGUCGUCAAUUUGGGCUCGGCUGAGGCUAUUCUUGCCUUUUUGGACCAAGUCACAACCUUUCAAAAGGUGGAAAGGACAGUCAUUGUAAUUCUAUCAGACUCGUUGCAGCGCACAGCCGUGAUGAAGGCGGCCACUGGUACCAAGACGGAGCAAACACUGGCCAGCAACUCGGUCACCUUCAUCUACAAGCCCGUCAAGCCCUCGCGCUUUGCCGUCAUCUUUGACCCGGACAAGCGACGAGACUUGAGUACGGACUGGAACCGAUCGAAUGCGCAGCAGCUUGUUGAGAAGCAAAAGGCGAGCUACAAUGAAAUGUCGAUGCGCAUGGGACACAAGGGCUACAAGGUGCUGGUGGUGGAGGACAACAAGAUUAACCAGAAGGUCUUGACCAAGUAUCUGGAAAAGAUUGGCGUCGAGGUGGAGAUCGCCGAAGACGGAAUCGAGUGCACGGACCUUGUGUUUAACAAGCCUCACAAUUACUACUCGCUCAUUCUUUGCGACAUUCAAAUGCCGCACAAGGAUGGCUACGAGACGUGCCGAGACAUUCGCGAGUGGGAGGCCAAGAAUGGCUUUGACCGACUGCCUGUGAUUGCGCUGUCGGCGAAUGUUAUGUCGGUCGUUUAUGACAAGUGCACAGCGGCUGGGUUCAGCGACUACCUCACGAAACCGGUCGACUUUAUCAGCCUUAGCAAGGCCAUGGUGAAAUAUUUCUCCUAA